UAAGUCAGAUUGUAGGCUUUUAUUUCUGAAGCUGCUUGUCAUGGGAACGCAAACCGAGCUUCAUGUCGCGGCAGAAGCCCUGGGGCAGGCUUGUGUGUGCGUGAGAAAACACAGAUGGAAAGUACUGCUGGAGUUUUGAGUUGAUUAUGGAAGAGGUGCACAAGAGCAGCAGUAACAGUUCAGUGACGGCUUCACAAACAUCAGCUGUACAAGGUACAACACUACAGGCAGCUCAGCUCUCUCAUAUUGCUCAACAGAUGUCUCUCAGAGGUCCUGCUCCACUGACAGUUGUCCAGCUUCCUGGAGAACAAGUCCAGGUCCAGGGAGUCAUUCAGACAGCUCAGUCCUCUUCUGUAAUCCACUCACCCCAGGUGCAAACAGUGCAGGUAUCUUCUUUGUCUGAGAGUGAAGAUUCUCAGGACUCAUCAGAUAGCAUAGGCUCUUCACAGAAAGCUCGAGGUAUCUUAGCUCGUCGCCCGUCUUAUCGAAAAAUCUUGAAAGAUCUUUCUUCUGAAGAUACACGGGAUAGAAAAGGAGAUGAGGAAAGUCCUGGUGUCUCUACUGUUACAUCUAUGUCUGUUCCCACACCUAUCUACCAGACAAGCACUGGACAGUACAUUGCCAUUGCUGCAAAUGGAUUACAGCUGGCCAGUCCAGGUACAGAUGGCGUGCAGGGUCUGCAGACAUUAACAAUGACAAAUGCUGGUGGUACUCAGCCUGGGACAACAAUACUGCAAUAUGCACAAACAUCCGAUGGUCAACAGAUACUCGUACCCAGCAACCAGGUGGUAGUGCAGACCGCAUCAGGAGACAUGCAGACUUACCAGAUCCGCACCACACCAACUACCACAUCCCUUCCUCAGACUGUGGUUAUGACAUCUCCUGUCACUCUGACAUCGCAGACAAGUAAGACAGAUGAUCCACAGUUGAAACGAGAAAUAAGGCUGAUGAAGAACAGAGAAGCUGCUCGAGAAUGCCGCAGAAAGAAGAAAGAGUAUGUUAAAUGUCUGGAAAAUCGAGUUGCGGUCCUGGAAAAUCAAAACAAAACUCUAAUUGAAGAGUUAAAAACUUUGAAAGAUCUUUACUGUCAUAAAAGUGUGUAAGAAAAGAAGGUAAAACUUUUGUGGACUGUUUAAAUUUCAGAGGAGAAUUUUUUUUUAUACUGAAUUUUUUAAACUAGAUGAAAGGUCAAAAAUGAAACUUUUCUACCUAGAUUUCGCAACUUAAAGACUAUAUAUAGAUUUUAUUUACAUGUUGGUGACAAAGUACAAAAAAGGAACGAGAAAAC